AUGGACUGCAUGUAUCAAGACGACUACAACAAAGCGCUUCAGUGGUUCAAGGAUGGCGAAUAUCCCGAGGCGAUACGCAUUGCAACGCACACUCUCACAGACCUCAUGUUGCCUCCGUUCUGGCAGAUCAAGACGUGCCUCCUAAUUGCCAGCGCCGAAGACGACUGGGAUCAAGCAGAGCGGAUCCGUCUCGCAGCGGAAGACGUGUGGUUACAGGCAAUCGAGCUCUAUCCCGAUUCCGACAAGCUCGCCCAUACGUUGUUGGCCGAGCUUCGUGUUUGCCUGGAUCAGCUGGCAAAGAAUCAGCAGGAAGACCUCUCGGCGACUGAAGCGGAAAUGGGUGAAGAGGAGGAUGACCAGAAUGUCGAUGAGAGCGAUGAGCUUGAUGGCGAGGAAGCUUAUGACUAUGAUGAGCAUGGAGAGUACCACGCCCGAAUCUCGCGCUUCGAUCGUACGCAAGGAUUCGAUGUAGUCAAGGUUCUGUACGAGACGAUACGCCGGCGAAAGACGAUUCUGGAUCAAAGACAAGAGAAUGUCGUUGCGCAGGAGCUCAUUCGCAACGACUGCGUCCUCUCCGAAAUUUCCGCAUCACCGCAAAAACAGACUUGCAUUCUGCCCUCUUGUCUCACCACGCAUCAGGUCAUUGAAAAUUCGCCGCAGACUCCCCUCUCCGAACUCCCGUUCCGCAUGAAGUCCCAGGUCGCUGCCGGAAGCGAGCCCAGCAACGAAGCCAACCCCGUCAUGGGCCAGACCUUCCGCCUCACGGAAAGAAGAGACCUCCAUCCUUGA